UCGGACGCUUUUGUCCUUUUGACUCGCGCCUCUCUCGCUCGCCGGCAGCCAGAGCUUCAUCCAACAUGUCGGCCACCUCCGUGUUCCCCAUGUGUGUGCGGGCGAGCCGGGGCCUCCUGCGGCUCCGGAGCGGAGCGGCGGCCGCCUCCUCCCCGGCCGCGGCCCGCAUGGCGCGGACCCUGUCCUCGGACAAGCCGCCGUCCGGACCGGGCGGCGCCGCGGGCGGCCUGGCCCAGGCGAUCCUCCAGGAGCGGCUCCAGCAGCAGAGUCAGGGUCUGCCUCCUCCUGAGGGAGCGGAGGCAGAGAAGGAGGGAGACAAGACGGAGGACAAGAAGCAGAAUGAAAACACGGCCUACGCCAAGAAGAUGGUCCUACGGUUGGCGGGACUCAUGGGAAUCGGCGGGGCGGUCGGCAUCGUCUACAUAUUCGGCUCCAACUCGGUGGACGAACAAGGACACAUGAUUCCAGAUGAGUUCGACAGAGACCCUCCAGUCGUGCAGCAGCUGAAAAGAACCUUCAAGUACUUUCAGGACUACAGACAGAUGAUCAUCGAGCCAACAAGCCCGAAGCUGCUGCCCGACCCUCUGAAGGAGCCGUACUACCAACCUCCGUACACUCUGGUGCUGGAGCUCACCGACGUCCUGCUGCACCCGGAGUGGUCGUUGGCGACAGGUUGGCGGUUUAAGAAACGUCCGGGCAUCGACUACCUCUUCCAGCAGCUGGCGCCGCUUUACGAGAUCGUCAUCUUCACUGCAGAGACCGGCAUGACAGCGUAUCCUCUCAUUGACAGCAUUGAUCCUCAGGGUUUCGUGAUGUAUCGUCUCUUCAGAGAUGCAACACACUACAUGGAGGGACAUCAUGUCAAGGACGUGUCGUGUCUGAACCGCGACACCAGCAAGGUGAUCGUGGUGGACUGUAAGCGGGAGGCGUUCAGCCUGCAGCCCUUCAACGGCAUGGCCCUGAAGAAGUGGGACGGGAACUCGGAGGAUCGAACGCUCUACGACCUCGCCAACUUUCUCAAGACCAUCGCUCUGAGCGGAGUGGACGACGUGCGCUCGGUGCUGGAGAACUACGCUCUGGAGGACGACCCCAUCGAGGCCUUCAAACGCAGACAGGCUCAGCUGGCGCAGGAGGAGGAGCAGCGCCUGGCCGAGCUCUCCCAGCAGAAGAAACAGGGACUCUCUCUCGGCUCCAUCGCUUCCCGGUUCUGGCGCUCCAAACAGCAGUGAGCCCCGCCCCCUCUCACACUCGCACCAAUCGCAGUCCGGCUCUCUGCCAGCGUCGAGGGGAGGGGCCGGAGGACAGGAGGCGGGGGGGUCUGCGGACUGUAGUUGGGUGCCCUCCGCUGUCGCAAGCAACAGCGGGCGUGUCUGCAGUGCUGGAAUGGAGCCAGGACAUUGGCCGUGGCGUGCACCAAUGAGAGGCGAUUAUUUUGUUUAUUUUUUUCUUGGUGGCAGGGCGUCAGUGGCGCCCUCCCUUGGUCAUCAUGGCGUCCGCUGAUGCAUCUCAGGCCGCUGAAGCUCCAGGUCCUGUUGAAACUUUUGUUGGUCGGAGGCAGAUCUGAGAUCAGCACUGCUCUCGCCACGCCCGCUGUGGUCGGCGCCGCCGCUCACAGGAAGUGACAUCAGCUGGUCGAACCGAACCCCACAACGUCUGUGUUAUUCUCUGUUCCUCUGUGUCUCAGACUGACGACGCUGCUGCAGACUUUGUUCAAACCAUGAAUAUUGCUUCUAGAAAAAUAAAUGUACAUAACACAUAGUUUUCUGAAAGAGUUGAUUCCCUGUGUCGGACGGUCGGCGCUCCCGGCGGCGGCGGCGGCGUGGACGGUGCUCGGUUUGGCAUGUGGACAUUUUGAAGACUGGAACCACAGCUGAGCCAAUGGGAGGAGGAACGUUGGAGUAGAAGAACUUUUCAUUUCUACCGUUCUCCCAAACGUUUGGUUUUAUUCUACAUGACCAGCGCUGUCAGCUGAUUGGUUCCUCCUGAAGACGGUAAAACCCCCUCACUCAUGCAGUUUCAUCUCAAUACAACAUCGUUCAGUGUAGUGUGGUCGCAGCAGGACCUAUUUUCAGCGGCGGAUGAAUCCACAUCAGGUGCAGCAGUGAGCGUUUGGGUCAAACUUAAAGAGCUGAAACUCCAGAUCUUCAUCCAGACGAGUGUUUAGCUCCGUAUCAGAAAUAACCUCCGUCCACGCUAACGCACCUGAAACAUCACAUGACCGUUCACGUCCACUGGUCAUGUGAUGUAAACGGGAAACAUCGCUCGCUCACUCUGUUUGUUGCGUUUUGUGGCCGUAGACGUUGGCAGCGAAGUAAAUACACAACCUGCCUCACACGAUUCUUAUUGUUUAUUUACUCACACAAAGCGAUGGGAGGCGGCUGGCGAUCCACUUCGCCACGAAGCCGGUCGGCGGCGGAGGAGAACGCCUGCGUCACCGUUUACGAAACUCUCUCAAACACAAAGCCGGAGUUUUCAAUCUUUACACAAGUCUCUGAUUUAGAGGCUGGAAAACUGUGGACGCCCGGCGUAACCAUAGCAACGGUGAGUAAUAAAACAUCUGGAUGUGGACGGAGACGUCAGCGAUCGUGUUUUUCAAAUUCUCUCCGUGACUUGAGAUGUGUCCGGAGUGAGCGACCAAUCAGAGAGCGGGGACUGAGCACAGUAACCAUGACGACUCUGGGGCUCCGCUGCGGUUCUGUUUCAUGUGUUUGUCGAAGAUUGGUGAUGAAAUAAAGAAAUCAAAUCAUGA